AUGUCGCAAUUCGUUGCUUCCAACUACACCGCGGUCAAGGCUGCCAACCCCAACCUCCCCAUCCUUAUCCGUGAGGCCAAGGGUGCUGAGGCUAAGAUCUUUGCUCGUUUCGAGCACGGUCAGGAGAAGAAGAUCGUUUUGGACGGACUCAGCGCAAAGGAGAUCGAGCAGAAGCUUGCCACUCUCGUCAAGUAA